UUGGGACCAACACAGACCACAACCAGACAAAACUCUGUGAUUACUUCCUACAACACCACCUAACAAACAGUGACUUCUCCUGUCCAGUUUUCCUUAUCUAAUUCUCCAUCAUACAUUCCAAUAGAGAAAAAGACUUGAGCUCAGAUAGAAAGCAUGCCUUCCUUGCUACCUCUCCAACCACCUCUAAUGGAGUAUCUUCUCCAGUCUUUGUUGAAGCCAAUAUCCACCCUCUUUGUCCUGCUAAUCUGUAUGUGGUUUUAUCAUCUUAGGAGAUCGAAAGUCCGCAAAACCUUAUGCGUGCCAGAAGCAGGUGGUGCUUGGCCUAUAAUUGGCCAUCUCCACAUCUUCAAUACCCAGAAACCAAUUCACAAAACACUGAGUUCCAUGGCAGAUAAGUAUGGACCCGUCUUCACAAUAAGGCUUGGACGUUCACAGAGAGCUUUAAUUUUGAGUAGUCGAGAAUUAGCCAAGGAGUGUUUCACCAAACUUGACACAGUUUUCUCCAACAGACCAAAUCUUGCAGCACCAAAGCUAAUGGGGUAUGACCAUGCUAUGUUUGGCUUCGCUCCUUACGGACCUUACUGGCGCAAAAUGCACAAGAUUAUCACAGUUCAUCUGAUGUCGAGCCACCGCCUCGAUAUGCUUAAUCACAUGAGAGCAUCAGAGAUAUCUUGGGCAAUAAGAGAGCUUUACGAGAGUACAUGUAAUGCCAAUGAAGUUGUAGGAGUGGAUAUGGAAAAAUGGUUCACAGACUUGACUUAUAAUCUUGCUUUAACUAUGGUGGGAGGGAAGCGAUGUUUCGGAGCUAGUAUCGACAUUAUUGAGGAUGGAGAGGCACAAAGAUGUCAAAAGUUGGUAAAAGAUUAUGUUGGGAUCUUCUUCAAGUCUUCAGUAGCCUCUAAGACCAGACAAUUCGGUGGAUGGUUGGAGUAUUUCAUUGGAAAUGAGAGGGCCAUGAAGAGAUCUGCAAAAGAAAUGGACAUUCUUAUCGGAGGGUGGCUCGAGGAACAUAAGCAGAAGAGAAUUUUCGGUGGAAAGGUAGAAGAGGAAGAGCAGGAUUUCAUGGAUAUUCUGCUGGAUGUCAUGGAAGAAACACCAAUGAUUUCUGGUUUUGAUUCAGACACAAUUAUCAAGGCUACUUGCUUGAAUAUGCUUUUGGGUGCAACUGAAAGCACCAAACAGGCUCUUACAAUGGCUCUAUCUUUGCUGCUUGAAAACGGUCAUGUACUACAGAAGGCUCAAGAAGAGUUAAAUACACACAUUGGCAAGGAAAGAUGUGUGACAGAAGAUGAUAUCAAGAACCUGACCUAUCUCCAAGCCAUUGUCAAAGAAACAUUACGUGAAAAUUCGCCUUCCAACAUAGUUGAUCUCAUUACUUCAGCACAAGACUGCACACUAUCAACAGGUCAUUUCAUCCCGGCUGGUACACAAUUGAUGAUAAAUGCCUGGAAAAUUCACCACGACGAGGGAUUAUGGCCUGAUCCUUACAAAUUUGAGCCAGAGAGGUUUUUGACUGGAAAUAAGAACAUUGACGUUAAGGGUCGUGAUUAUGAACUAAUCCCUUUUGGCUCUGGACGAAGAAUCUGUCCCGGUAUAUCAUUAGCCCUACGAAUCCUGCAUCUUACUCUUUCUACCUUAUUGCAUAGUUUUGAUGUUUCUAAGCCAUAUAACACACCAGUGGGUGCAACAACAAAGCUUCAAGUUCACCUCACUUCGCGUCUCGAUCUCAAGUGUUACAUGUAAGGGACUGUUAAACCAACUCUUCCUACUAUGGCAACAGUUUCAUUCACAUACUGCAUUUGUUUCUGCAGUAUUCCAAGUUAAGCUGCGGAGUUGAGAUCAAUUUAUGUAUCAUUAGAAUGUCCUAAUAUAUUGAAGUGAAUGCUUGCAAUU